UUGCCUUAAUCAUUGCACUAUAUAUACUAUUGUAGUAAUAAGGGGGAGCUGAGCUGAGAGAGAAAGUGAGAGGAAUUGAAGCUAAAGUCAUCAUGUCUAGCCGCAGGAGAUCAUCAUCAUCAAGUUCAGCCUCAAGCUUCACAGAAGAGGAGAUUAAUGCUUUGGUCAACAAACUACAAGCAUUGUUGCCAGCUUCCACUUCAAGGUCCUACACCAACAAGGUAGCAGCCUCAGAGAUAGUUGAAGAGACAUGCAACUACAUCAAAAGGCUGCACAGAGAAGUGGAUGGGCUGUGUGAAAGGCUUUCCCAGAUACUUUCAUCCAAUGACACCACUAAUCUUGAUUUGGAAACCUUGAUAAGGAAUCUUCUUCAGCAAUAAACUCUGAAUUUAGAAAGAGAUACAUGGUAGAUUAUCAUUCAAUUCAGUCAUUAUCAAUAUAAUGUGAGUUGUAAAAUUAUGUGUAUUGUGUGUUACUGCUUUUUUUCUUAGAUCACGAAAGAAACUCGCAGUCACUACUUAAUAUAUAAGGUAUAUUGGUAAACCCUAUUCCUGUGUAAUAGCCUAUAAAUUAUAUAUGAGAGGUAAUUUGCCCUGUGAAUUGAAAGUA